AUGUCUCCCUCUCAGACCCACAAUCCCGCGUGGGGAGGAGGCCCAGGGGCUGGGCUGGGCUGGAGGACGCGUGCUGUUUCUGCCGGCAGUGAACUGCUUCCACACCAUAUUUGUCAGUUAGGAUUGUGCAGCAACCGCUCACGUUGUCUGUGGAGAGAGAAUGCACGUAAACAAGGAGGUUCUAAAAGAGAUUCGUGUAACUCUUUUUAUUUAAAUUAUACGGCACAAUGCUUAAUUAGAAAACUUAGAGAGGCUGAUCUGUGGGUAGGAUGGGGAUGCAGUCAUCCAAGUUCUGUAUCUGGUGUUCUCCAUGCCACGUGCACACUGCAAAGUUUGCUUGACCCAAAGUUAGGUGCCACCAGACUCCUGGUUGUAUUUGUGAUGGGCCUGUGUGUACUUACCAUGAGUGAUUGCAACAGUGUAAACAUGAUAGACCACAGAGGCAACAGCAAGGAAAGUAACCGACGCCCAGGUGGAGCUUCAAACAACCCAUCAACAGCCAUUGUCCAACAAGGGAACUACAAUACAAUGACUCGCCUGCAUGAAGCCACACCAGGGGAAUUGCUCAACCUUGCUUGGAGAGACUCAGCAAUGCCCCCCAGACAUGCCUGGACUUGUGCUUCCCAAGCACAUGGACUAAGGAUAUAAAACAGAGUGGACACAUACUGGGCCCUUCUCCUGCUUCCAUCUUCACUGCAAGCAACUAAGACACUGAGAAGAAGACAAGACCCCAACAGAGGAGAUUGGCCCAGGUUUAAGGAACAAACCUGUAUAUUAAGGACUGCACUGUCCAGUGGGGUGAGAAAAGCUGCUUAAUCCAGAUGUUGCCCAGUGUAAUAGUGUUGAGAAAUUAGACUGCGUGCUUAUAUUUUAUUUUAUUUUGGCAACCACUCUUGACUUUUUGCCUAUCGCUUAAUAUCACUUAAAAUAUAUCUUUGUAGUUAAUAAAUCUUUUUGUUUAUUCUA